AUGGAACCCACGCCAGACCAAACGCUAGUUUCCCAAGCAAUUUCCGAUAUAUUUCUUCCAUUUUUCGAUCCCGAUGUCCUGCUUAAGGGGUAUUCGCAAGAAAGUGCUCAAUUAUUGACGAGAAAAAUAAGCCCUAUAUUCUGGCAGGUGACGCAGAGUCUGUCAGUUCCUGAAUGCGUUAUUCUUAUUUCUGCGAGGCAAGCGUUCACCGAUUCAAAUAUAGCGAACUGGGGCCUGCACCUGUUUGCUAUGAGCAAGGAUCGAAAUCAACAAGUAGAACAAAAAAUGGCAUAUAGGUAUAGUGUACAGGCUAGAGAGUAUCUAGACGUUGCUGCAUACGACUCACGGUUUGACAAGCUCAAGCAAAAACUUGAAGAGCAAAUCGAACGUCUAGCCAGCGAUAAAAAUUGUACAUUUAAGGUCUUUAAGGCCUUCAGAGGUCUUAUAUUUGAAGUGACGACUGACGAUGAUCUCACAAGUUAUCUCACUAAUGAAACAUGGUCGCUCUGCUUUGCAUGUAUAGAAGAGGAUGAUUUUACCCGUCCUUUGUUGCAGGCAUGGUUUAUUAGCGAGGGCGCCCAACAUAUUGAGGCAUGCAUAGGAAUCUUGAAACACGCGGUAACUCAUCUCGAUAUUGUCAUGGCAUUUAGGAUGAUACCAAUUAUAUACUGUGGGUUCAAAAUCCAGGAUGCAGCAACACUCGGACCCUAUACUAUUUGGGGACACCCAGGUGACUGUCGGCAACCGCAGAAGAACCGCCGAGCAUUUUUUAAGUGUAUCAAAGAUCUUUGUCAGAAUGGUAAUUCGCAAGAACUGAGCAUCUACAGUUUAUAUGCAGAGAAUUACUGUUAAUCGAAUGGUGCAAGAAGGUGGAGUGGAAUCGAGUCGAGUUGAGGGGGGGUCUACGCUUGUUACGGCGCAGCUCCGUCUCCAGCGUUUCGAUUCGGGGGAGGAGGGAGAUGGGAAGGGGGUGGACGAUUGUUAUUUUGUUAUAUAACGUGCAUCCCUGCAUCACGGGACGCACCCCGUGACGGGACAAACUAUUAGUACUAUGAAUUCAAUUGAUUAUAAAUUUGUGAGACCAUUGAAAAUUCCUGUAUUUUUGUGUCAGUCGUGUUGUGUGACCACUCCUGAACAGACCAAACCCUGGCUACUCUGAAAUUUACGAUCAUGUCGUCGCUGUCGCGCCUAAUUGCGGAGGGCGUCAAUUCGAAGUAUAAUAGAACCCCUCGAGCUACAGCAUCACCACGAACUCUUAUCACUCCUAAUCCCCAUAAGAGAGUCUUAUAUAAGCUUUGAGGCCCCACUACGAUGCGGGAGAUCGUCAUCAGCCUUGUGGCGGCUGUACGGCGCAAAUUCAUGCAUGGUCGCCACGCAGAUUAAUACCUCCCACGCUUCUAUGAUGUAAUUCGCUUACGUCACCCAUGGCAAGGCUGUGGUUGAUCAGGGACUGUGGCUGAUCUGGACUGUGGCUCAUUAGGGCUGUGGCUGAAUGUUUGGGUGAAUACAAAUACUUGUAACAGGCUGUACUCAGCCACUGUACUCAAGUCUGGUCAUGUGUGUGGCGUAAACUGCCAUGCGUGUGGCGUUAGAGCAGGUGUCUCGAACUUUCCAUACGGCAGGCGCGCGGCAGCACGGUGGUGCCUGGGCACUGGAGCGCCGUCACUCGUCCCCUUCACAACACCAUCACCACGGUAGGCUAGUAUGGACAGAGCCAGUCAAGCACUCGCACAAGGCGUUCCUCCCGGCGUGCCCGAUUCAUACCGUGCCCUUGCAGAUCAUGGUAUUGCCGUGCGAGAGAUAGAGAAUCAAAUAGACUGAUCCUCAGCUGGGAUUAGUUUGAGGCAGGCUCGCGCUGGCUUCGCGACCUGUUGCUUUGCUGUACAGGAGUUGGUGUUUAUAGCCCUUUUGGCGCAAUAAUAAUAAUGUCCGUAUGGAGGUACAGACAAGCAAAUACAGAUAGCGAGCGGCCUUUGGUAUCCUUCUACCGUGCUUGAUAUGCCCAGCGAAGGCCAUUGCCGCCAUCGUUGUGCCAGCUGUUGUGCUCGAUAUUGUCAUGCCCGCCAGCACCUCGUUAUACAUUUGUGGAUUGUUGUGCACAGCGCCGUGCUCGCAGUCGUUGCCAUGCUGUCAUCGUCUGAGCCACUAUUAAGGUCUUCACCAGGUUAUCGCAGUCUCACUGUGCUGCUCUGAUAUAUCUUCGCACUUCAGCCGGUUAUUCCAUUCGCGCGCUUCUCGCGGCGUAACUGGAAACUUGAGGACGGUCAUCUUGUUGAAGGCGGCAAUGUAGGGAUUCACGCGGCUGUGGUGGCGACGGCGGCGAUAAAAGAGCGGAAUUCCGUAUGGACACCAGAGCUGACAAUUGUAGAGGUUUAUCGUUCUGUACAAGCUUGUCGCGACAGAGGAGUAUCUCUCAACCAAAGGAGAAAGCGGCCGAUUUUGGCAGAUAUCGGCCACUUUUUGGUCCUGCUUGAGAGGGCACAGUUCAACUCAGCUACUAUUGCCGCUUUGACAGCCAACGUCAGCCACACUGAGGCUGUGAGCAUCGUCGUACCUUGACGCUAGGCACAGAUUUGUCAGCAAAUUAACUAUUCAAGAAGAAGCUGACAUUCCCACUUCGAACAGCUGAUGCACACAUUAACAGGUUCCCUGAUUAUAUCAUCUUUGUUUCAAAACUAGCUUGCAGGUUGAUGCUAUAGCUAGUGAUUUGAUUUCAAUGCCAGCUUCUAGAAAGUCUUGCAAAGUAGAUAGAAGUAUAUAACAAGAGGCUAAACUUUGGAGGUGGGUGGGAAAAGUUAAGUAGAUAAUGAUUAAAGUGUAAAUAGCGCUACAAAGCCAUAAAAAUCCUCUACUACCAACGCACCUCGCCUAAGUAGAAGCUGUUCCACCACCUCAUACCUAUUUUCUGCCGCUCGGGACAGCGGCGUCCGGCCAUACCUAU